CUUGGAACUGACAAGUCUCCCACAUGAAAGUCGAACAUUGUCCCUCACCCACAUCAGGUCUUUCAUACCAAUCAAGGCUCACAAAGACAUAUAUGAGAAGGCAGAGUCUCACAGGUCUGAUGUGGCUGUUGAUGGCAAAGAUGAGACAGUGGGGGAAAUUGCUUUAAAAAUGCUGGGCGAGAUUGCUUUACAAUUGGAGAGGAGGAUCAUGUCUUUCGUCUUCCAGGGUCACAGGAGGCUUUAUAGUUUCACAGUGCAGAAUAUUCCUGCCAAGAUCAGAGAGGUUAGCAAAAAUCAGAUGACAGGGAAGGUGGAUGAAGGCUAUCGGCUGUACCUCACUCAGAGGUAUAAUGACCUCAUGAAGCAGUUGAAUCAGCUUGGAUACAAAAAGACACUUCACCCUUCAUUCUCUGAAUUUAUCGUCAACAAAUAUGGGAUCCUGAAGAAGAGGUCUGGUGAAUACGGCCCUCAUCCUUUGUACUACAACAACCCAGAGACUCUGAAGAAGCUCAUAAUCUCCACUGCUCCAAUAAAUCUUCAGGAGAACCUGCUGCUGCUGCUCAAAUGCCUCUGCAACAUGGCCGAUAAGGACAGAAGGCCUCUUAUUCUUUGGAAGAUAUGAGAGGAUUCAAAUUUAUAAGCUUGCACAAUCCACAAAUCUUAUUGUGGUGGUGUAUACUGAUCGUGGUGGCAGCUGAUCAUGGACUAUUUUUUUCAACAAGAUGACUUGAUAUUGUAUUUGUGAAUAUGGGCUAUACAAAUAAACUUUGAUUGAUUGA